AUGGAGUUUUUUACCGACAACGUAUCUUUCAACCAUGAUGAAAUUACGAUAGAAGAUCGUAGACGAAGACGAGCAGUAGCAUCUAGACGCGCACUAGAAGAGGCAAACGCAAUAUUUGACGAGACAGACUCAAUAAUUGAAGAGAUAGACUCAGUUUAUGAGAUCACCGCCGAUAUCCAGUUUAAACCUAAACCGGCAAGUAAGGUUGAGGUUGAGUCUUUGUCAAGGAAAGUAUACAAGAAGACGUCAAGUUCCGACAUGUGCACAAUUUGUUUGGAUGAGUUUAAAACAGGAGAAAGAGUCGUGACGUUACCUUGCGGACACGAGUUUGAUGAUAGAUGUAUCCUCGAGUGGUUUGCCACCAAUCAUGUUUGUCCACUGUGCCGUUUCCAGCUACCGCGUGAAGAUCAGGUGAAACGAGCCCUAGAAUUUGGUUUAGGGAUUUAA